AUGGAAUCCAAUCCUUCAUCGGAUUGUGAAGCAACUGACUCUGUUUCGCAAGACUUGCCUCAUCCUGGCUCUUGUGAACCCCAGCAGGCUUCCCCAUCAGUCGACAGCGCCGAAAAUUCUUCUGAGAGUCCUCUUCUGCCGUACAUUACCGCCGUCGACAUCGGUCUAUCAAAUUUUGCCAAGGCUGUGCACAAGUCACUGUUCAAUCGAUUUGCAUUUUGUCUCGGCUGCAGCUGUGUACCCCUGCUUCCACCAACCGAAGACAAUUUCCCCCUCUCCUCUUCACCUUACUUGAAUCAGCUACCAGUAGUGGGGCCGCCGGUGGCUCUCAACGGUUACCUCAUUGACGGUCUGGUUGGCAGUCCCCUGAGUUACUGCCUCUCGCUGGACACUCCGGAAACCCUUGCCGACGACUGGCGUCUCAACCCCGGCCUCAUGCCCAUCGCUGAUCGCUCGCCCCAAGUCGCCUUCGUACCGCUACCCGGCGUCAAAAACCUGCCCGACGUGUUCGUGAAGAUUUACAUUGCCCUGCGCGUCUACUUCUACCAGCGGUAUAGUGACAGCGUACGACAUUGGACCCAUGAGAGGAUGCAGUCAACCUGUGCGCGUGAGUGGCCUCCUCCUAUCCACUACCUGCACCUUCACCACCGUCUCUUCCUCCUUCUUUUCUCAGAAAAUUCAAGUGGCUACUGUCCACCAACCCACCCCAGCUUCAAAUCGUCCAAGUUGGUCUCCUCGCUAAUUGCUGAGUGCCUAAAGCGGGCUUACCGUGGCCCCGAAAAGGUACCCAGGGUUUCAGACUACUGCCUCCGGAUCUACGGACGAACGGACAUCCUGCAUCCAAACGCCCGUCUCUGCGAUCACGAGUACAUUCAAACUUGUUGUCGAACUGGCACGACAGCUCGACUCGUGCUGGAGGCCUUCAGCGACCAGGAGUACUUUCUACCCACGAUGUCAGACAGCACGACUGCACUCAACCUUCACGAAACCUACGCCGCCGACACACGUAUUGUCACGAAAGACUCAAUUGAAUUGUCCGUGGAGCGGAUAAGCAGGCACAUACACGAGCUGGGAACACAAAUAUCUUAUCUUUCGUCUCCUGAGGGACUGAAGGCAGCCAGCAACACUUGUGAAUUCCUUCGACAGACCAUCAAGAAUCACGUGUUGAAUGUGUGCCAUGGCGUGUCUAUCGGUAGUCUAGCCGAAGCCAUGACCGGUGUACAGCAGUGCCUCUACAACCUCAUGUUGCGCGGAAAACCAAAGGGACGACUGGUGUUCCGACGAAGUCUCUCCAGCCCCAAAGAGGCGUCACUGGAGGACGAGGAGAAGCUGUUGCUGGACAAAUUGGCCGUCCUUGAAGUUCAAGUCGUGCGGCAGACGGUGGCCUUCCUGAAGUGGAAGCAGGCUUGGUAUCCGGACCUUCAACUCUCCCUCCGUCGUCCGGCACCGUUGAUUGGCAGUGUGAUGGAGUGCGAGCGCCUCCUGGGGUGUCAAAUCACGCCGCGGCACGAGGCCCACCGCAUGUCGAAGUGUGAUUUGCCCCUCAUCGUGAGAAUCGGCGGUGUCAUUGUUCCCACGCACGCCCAGGACCCAACCCGACCCACUGAUCCACGCACCUUAGGCGGAUGUGUGCGCAUCCACGUGGCCCUCACGUACGCUGGGCGUCCCCUCUCCAAGGUCUGCACGCCCGAUUCUGGUCCGUCGUUUCCGAGGAACUCGAAGGACUUUCUGGGGUUUGCGUGUACUACUCCUGUGUUGCGCGAUUUUCACUACUCCCGGAAGGCCGAUUUGUCCUCUGAUGGCAAAAUCAACGAAUGGAUACGGUUUGUGGACAAUCUCUACCAAUUGAAUCAUCACCUCUGUCUCCACCACCGCAUUCACAACCACCACUGCCAUCGCUUCCACCUUCACAAUCACCUUCAUUUCCAACUCCACCGCCUCCAUGUCCGCAACUGCUACCGUCUUUACCUUCACCACCACCACCACCACAACCACCACCACUACCUUGACAAUCACAGUUCACUUCUAACGCUACCACCAUUUUUUUUCUCCUCCACAGACUUUACCUUCCGUCGACUUCCUCGAGAAACCCUCCUCAGCAUCAGCCUCAUCUCCUUGAAGAAGCAAACAGAAGAGCCUGCGGUUCUGCACAGCGGUACGUUGUUGGGCUGGGUGAAUGUGCCAAUAUUCGACGCGAAUGGCCGACUGCGCCAGGAAGUGGUCCUCGCGGGUCUGUGGCCUCCACCGCCAGACGGUCUAUCGCCGGAGCACCGAUCGACCUUCACUGAGCCCAAUCGCAGUCCCCUGGCCUACGUUGUUGAGCUAGAAUUUCCCAUUUACGAGUCGGAUUUCUUCUUCCCCAAACCUCCGGUCGCUAAUGAAUUCAACUCUCCCCUGUCUAGUCCACCGAAACUCGGCAGCAAGAGCCUGCUGGAGGCGUCAAGCGCUCUGCUGAAUCCCGUGGCGUACCUGUCACCGAGCACGCGUCGUCUGCCCGAUCCCUACAACGACUUCAAGUUCACCACAUUCCUGGGCCCCGUGGGCGACGUUGACAGGCAGCAGGAGGCGGUGGAGGAGUUGUGGCAGAUCCGGGGCCACUUGACCUCGUCGCCAGAGCUCUUCUCAGCCCUGCUGGUCGCCGCUCCGGUCUGCUGGCCACAGCAGUGUCGACGUACCCCUCGCUCUCCCGAAAAGGCCACCCACGAACACACCCUGUGGAUGGCUCUCCUCUCAAAUCUCUACAGCUUAAUUCAACUGAGCGCCCCGCUGUGUCCGGCGGCCGCUCUCCGUCUCCUCUUGCCCGACGUCCCAGACCAGUGUAUCCGUCAUUGGGCCGUCUGCUGCCUGUCCCAACUCUCGCCAGACGGGCUAAUUUCCUACCUCCCGUCGAUACUCGAGGCUGUGAACUAUGACCUCCACAUGGACUGGUCCGGUCUGGUUAGCCUGCUCCUCCAUCGGUCUGCCACCUCGCUUCGAUUCUGCAACGCCCUCUACUGGCAAGUCACACUGAACAUUGAGGGCAUUGUGUUGAAUCAGCGUUACCACAGCCAACAUCGACUGAUCCUUCUCAAGACGGCGAUAACUUGGCUGAGGGGCAGUCGACUGAAGGCCACGUGGUCACUGCAAGCCCGCGUGGUCGGAUUGAUUCGACAGACAGCGGAAGCCGUGAAGUCGGCCAAGACUGAGGUUAAGCUGAAGACACUACAGGAAGGCCGUGAAGUCAUACAAGGGUUCCUGGAUUCGCAAUUCCAAUCCAACAACGACGAAGGCCCUUCGUCGCGUCCUCUGCCUACGCUCCCAACUGCCUCCACGACGUCCACACAAACUUCCAAAUCGGAGCACACAUUGGACGUGUUUCGACUUCCGUACGAUUUUGGUUUCGGUAGUAGGAGUUUGAAGGUUGAUGACUGUACCUACAUCACCUCCUUUACGUGCCCGAUCCGGCUCACCUUUUCCGGAAUAGAUGGAGAAACUCGUCAUUCCAUCUUUAAGGUCGGCGAUGACCUUCAGAUGGAUCUGCUCAUUUGCCAGUUGAUUCAACUGGCCGACCGCAUUUGGUUGGACGGAGGACUGGAUUUGUGCGUGCCGCACUUCAAGGUCAUGCCCACAGAACCCAAGAGGGGCUUCAUUGAGCCAGUAUCCGAAUCGGAGACACUGAGGAUAAUUAACCGAUACUACGCGUCAAAUCCGCGCGUCAAGAAGGACUGCGGACUGCUUCAGUGGCUUCGCAGUAAUCACAAAACACCAGAGGAACAGCAGAAGGCCAUUAGCAAUUUCGCGCGCUCAACAGUUGCUGGCUCCGUGCUAACCUUUGUUCUUGGCUUGGGCGAUCGUCACAACGACAACAUCAUGAUGCGCAAGAACGGCCAGAGCUUCCACAUCGACUUCGCGAAGGUGUUCGGCAACUUCCAGAAGGUGCUCAAUUUUAAUCGCGAUCGUUCGCCAUUUAUCCUCACUCCCGACAUGCUGGAGGUUGUGAAGGCUGCGGAACCAUCUUCGAUGACAUCGCUUGACCUCGACAGCCUUCCAAAGGAGUUGAUCAGCAUUCCGAACUUCGUGCGUCAGUGCUGUCAAGCCUAUAACAUGCUACGGAGCAGAGCCUUCUCCAUAAUGGGUCUCAUGGAGAUGGCCUGGCAAAUGCGACUGCCGGGCUUGGAGAGAGGUCAGAUCGGCCACGUCAGCGGUAAUCUUCGCAGAAACAUCAGCGACCUCGAGGCCGAGGCCUUCUUUAGGGAGCUAAUUCAACGCAGUAUUCAAUCCUACUCGUCGCAGUUGAACAACAUGAUCCACGACAGAUUUCAACGCACCAAAAAACAGCCAAUCGCAGUGGGUAACCUUGAGAACAAGUACUCCUCCUUCGUGGUACACGGAGUCUACCUGAACCUCUCUGCUGAGGAGGCCCUGUCAUCCUCCAGUCAGGACGAACGAAUGGCUCGAAUUUCAAUUUCGGAGGCGUCGGUGGUGCGAAACGGACGUUUCUUGAAGCCUGUCUUCAAAUUCCAAGUCAUUCCAAACGGCAAGACCGCCUCAGAAGGCUUCUGCGUAACGCGAGACUCACAGGACCUGAAGAUUCUGGCGUGGUCUCUUCUAGCGGCCUAUCCGAACAGUCACAGGGCGUUGGCGCUGCUGAACAAACUGGCCGAGCUAGAUGACUGCACCCUGAACUGCGCCCAGCCCUCUCCGCCCUCCGAUGCCCUGGUGAAUGAUAUUAAAACUGCCCUUGUGGAUUUGAUUCGGUUCUAUCCCGAGAGCACCGAAUUAGCGAACUGCUGGAAGCCCAACGAAUCCGACCUCAGGCCUGAAAUACCUCAGGAAUCCACACUAGUCGCUAAGGGGAUUCUUCCCUCGCAGUUCGACUUGUUUACUUGGUUUGAAACUUAUUUUUGGCCCGCCGAAUCACUAGAGGUGAACGAAGUCACGAGCAAUCCCUGCUGGAGUGAACCGCUGCAGUCGCCGGGAGGCAGCAGUGAACCUCGACCCCCUCCUCCGCCCCCUCGUGCCCCCGAUUACACGGCUACCACGGCCACAAUUGGGUGGGUUUACUGUGCGCUCUGUAUCACCACCACCACCACCACCACCAUCAUCUCUACAACCACCACCACCACCACCACCUCCACAACCACCACCACCAUCAUCUCUACAACCACUACCACCACCACCACCACCUCCACAACCACCACCACUACUACCACCACCUCCACUGCCCCCACCACCAUCAUCUCUACAACCACUACCACCACCACCUCCACAACCACCACUACUACUACCACCACCUCCACUGCCACCACCACCAUCAUCUCUACAACCACUACCACCACCACCACCACCUCCACAACCACCACCACUACUACCACCACCUCCACUGACCCCACCACCAUCAUCCCUACAACCACUACCACCACCACCAUCAUCUGCACAACCACUGCCACCACCACCAUCUCCACAACCACCACCAUCACCUCCACAACAACCACUACUACUACCACCACCUCCACUGCCACCACCACCAUCAUUUCUACAACCACUACCACCACCACAAGCAGCACCUUCAUUUCCACAACCAUCGCCAUCGCUACCAAGUGGCUCCCUGGCGAAAACCUCACCGCGAACGCUCAAAUCGAAGCUCGCGUCACCCAGAAUUCCCUGCGCACAUUCUCUCACCAGAGAACCUGCACCCUCCUCUCGAACAAUCCACUACUUGACGAACGUUUCACAAUCGAGAUCCCCCCACAGGAGUACAAAAAUGCGAGCCUGCUCUUUUCUGCGCGCCAAUUGGACGUCUUUGGCUUGAAACAUCUCAUUGGCGAGGCUGUGGUCCCUUUGAACUCCCUUCCAAUCGAUGAUCGAACAACCCAGUGGUACGAACUCUCGAGACGCAACUUCGAGAAGGUUUGA